AAUAAUUAAAGUUAAACAAAAGAGCAGCAAGAAAACACAAACGUACUCUCUCUCUCUCAUCUUCUUACCUGUUCCUCCCAUCUCCAGUCACACUGUGUUUUCUCUCUCCAAAAAAAGACCCAAAUUCUUCCUGAAUUGGCAGCACUCUUCAUCCAGAGACGCCGAGAAGCUGCACCAACCAAUGAAUUGUCUUCCCAUCGGGCCUCAUUUGAAUAUCGGGAAUUGAGUUCAUUAAUUUUUCUAUAAUAUUUGCAAGACAAUUUGAAAAUGCUGGAAGCUGCAGCAGUGGUGAGCAAUGGCGGAUUCUCUUCUCACUCAUCGCAUCUGCACAGCUGCGGCGACAGCUCCGAGGAGGAGCUAUCGGUUUUACCUCGCCACACCAAGGUGGUGGUCACCGGAAACAAUCGCACUAAGUCGGUGCUGGUGGGGCUUCAGGGCGUCGUCAAGAAAGCUGUUGGCCUCGGUGGAUGGCAUUGGCUGGUUCUCACUAAUGGUAUUGAGGUGAAGUUGCAAAGGAAUGCUCUAAGUGUUCUUGAAGCUCCUACUGGAAACGAGGAAGAUGACUACCUUGAAAUUGAACACGAGCAGUGGAAUAGCUCGGAUAUUGCGUUUGAUGAUGGUCAUAAGUCCCAUAGGUCGAGGCAUCGUAUGCACCGUUCAUCUAACAAGACUCUUCGUGGGCCUCUCUCCUCCGACUCACAGCUUAAGGGUUCUGUUUCUACAGCAAAAGGGUCCUCGGUGGACCUCAGCAAACUUGAGAUGGCGGCACUAUGGAGAUAUGCGCUGCAUUUUAACCUUGUGGAUACGAAUCCUAACCCUUCCAAGGAGCAACUCAUCAACGUUGUCCAGAGGCAUUUUGUUUCACAGCAACUGGACGAGCUUCAAGUGAUCGCGGGGUUCGUGCAGGCAGCAAAGAGACUGAAGACAGUUUGCAAAUGAUCGAUGCUAACUUGGGCUUUGCAACCACCCUAACAAAGUUGCGGAUGUAUAUGGUUUGGUAAUGGUGUGUAGUUGUGUAGGUGUAGAUAAAAGGCUAUGUAGAUAUGUUUGGGAACUGACUGAGAGAGUCCUAAGAGGCCAUAUCCAAACCUUUGGUUCAAUGCUCUGCUAACCUGCAAAAAACUGGGGACUUUUCUUCAAAUGUAUAGCCCCCUCCUCUCUAAUCAAAUUAACUCCACCUUAACCUUUUCA